AUGCCGACCGAAUUCAUUAGUCUCACGUUUCCAACACAGUCCACGGAGCUCAAGCCGAUCAUCAAUGCUCCGAUUGAGCCGGACUUCCUCGAGCGCUAUGCUCGCAAUCUCGAUGACUACGGGUUCAAUUACACCCUGGUUCCCUAUGACAGCUCCUACUUCGACCCUUGGACUGUUGGCGCCACCAUCGCAGCUCACACCAAAAACCUGAAGAUCAUCAUCGCGCUUCGACCCAACACCUUGUAUCCGACCGUAGCAGCCAAGGCACUGGCAACUCUGGAUCAGCUAAGUUCUGGCCGCGCUGUCGUUCACUUCAUCGCCGGUGGCAGCGAUGUUGAGCAAGCCAGGGAGGGCGACUUCCUGAACAAGGAACAGCGCUACGCCCGGCAAGAGGACUACAUCAAAAUCCUCCGCCGUGCAUGGGAGUCGGAUGAGCCAUUUGACUGGGACAGCCCCUACUAUACCUUCAAACAAUUUAGUAACCGUGUCCGUCCAGUCAACGGCACGAUUCCUGUCUCCGUGGGUGGCUCUUCCGACGACGCCUAUCGCAUUGGCGGCGCCCUAGCCGAUAUCUUCGGGCUCUGGGGCGAACCAUUAAAGGAGACCAAGGAACAGAUUGAUCGUGUCUACGCCGAAGCCGAGAAAGCUGGUCGCACCGACCGGCCUCGCAUCUGGGUGACCUUCCGUCCGAUUGUUGCUGAAACAGACGACCUAGCCUGGGCCAAGGCACACCGCACCCUCGAUGCCUUGCAAACGAACCGUUCUGCUUUCAAUGCCAAAGCUCCCGCCAAUGCUCCUGCCCCGCAAAAUGUCGGCUCCCAGCGCUUGCUUGACAUUGCUUCUCGCGGGGAGGUACACGAUCGCGCCCUGUGGUAUCCAACCGUGACGGCAACAAAUGCCCGUGGCGCAUCUACGGCUCUUGUGGGAUCGUACGAUACUGUUUCACAGUCGAUCCUCGACUACGUUGAUCUGGGGGCGGAUCUGAUCUCCAUCCGAGGGUACGACAAUCUAAACGACGCAAUUGACUACGGGCGCUAUAUCCUACCGCAGGUCCGUGAAGAGUUGCAAAAGCGAGAGAAAUAA